AUGCCCCAAAGACCACAGGCCGCCUGUGAGGAAGAUGUUACAGAAAAGAUCGAUUUCAUCGUGUGCCUCGGUGGUGAUGGGACACUGAUGUAUGCUUCGUCUUUAUUUCAGCAAAGUGUUCCUCCUGUGAUGGCCUUCAACAUGGGAUCCCUCGGCUUCCUCACUCCAUUCCACUUUUGUAACUUCAAGGAACAAGUCACCAGUGUUUUACAAGGGGAUGCUUCCCUGCUGUUGCGAUACCGCCUCAAAUGUGUUGUAUGUAAUCAGGGUUCCGAGUGCUCCAGAAUACCUCAUGUAAAAAAUAUAGACAAGAAAUGUGGGACCGUGCUGAAUGAAGUAGUGAUAGACCGAGGGCCUUACCAAUACUUGUGCAAUAUAGACCUGUAUAAAGACAGUUGACUUGUCACGUCAGUACGGGGGGACGGCUUGAUCAUCUCCACGCCGACGGGAAGCACGGCGUAUGCGGUUGCGGCAGGGGCAUCCAUGAUCCAUCCCAAUGUCCACUGCAUCCUCAUCACACCCAUCUGCCCGCACUCACUCUCAUGCAGGCCCGUUGUCGUCCCAGCCGGCGUGGAAAUCAAAAUCAUGGUGUCUCCGGAUGCGCGGAACAAUGCCUGGGUGUCCUUUGAUGGCCGGAACAGACCGGAAAUACAGCAAGGAGACACGCUACGUAUCACCACGACGAUGUACUCGCUUCCCUCGGUGUGUGCCAAGGACCAAAUAGACGAUUCGUUUGAUGGUCUUGCUGACUGCCUCCACUGGAACAUACGGCGACAACAGAAGACGUUACCUUCAUUACCGAGCACCACAAGUGUGGACGCCGUUAUCUUGGACCCUGACAGCAUCUGA